AUGUCGAUCUCCGGCGACGGUGACGAGGCCGAAGCUACACUUAUAAACGGUAUUGUCGAGAGCUCCGUUGACUUCCGAGGCAAGCCAUCCGUCAGAUCCUCCUCCGGUGGAUGGAGAUCCUCUGGCUUCAUCAUCGGUGCUGAAGUGGCCGAGAAAUUCGCCUACUUGGGGAUAGCAUCAAAUCUGAUAACUUACUUCACCGGGCCGUUAGCGAUGUCAACGGCGUCUGCUGCGUCAAACGUAAACCUUUGGCUCGGAACGGCAGCGUUUUUGCCUCUGAUAUGGGGCUCCAUCGCCGACUCGUUUCUCGGACGUUUCCGUACCAUCCUCUUAACCUCAUAUCUCUAUAUAUUGGGACUAGGGUUGCUUACGUUUUCAGCGACAAUGCCUUCUCUUUGUAAAGAUCAAGAAACAAACGUCUCGUGUGUUUCUCAGCUCAAAGUAACGAUGUUUUUCUGUGCUCUGUAUCUGAUAGCGAUAGGCGAAGGAGGGUUUAAGGUAUGUAUUAGAGCUUUUGGAGCAGAUCAGUUUGAUGAACAAGACCCUGAAGAAUCCAAAGCCAAGAGUGUUUACUUUAACUGGUCGUAUUUUGCGAGAUCAGCUGGGAUAUUGGCCACUCGUUUGAUCUCUAAUUAUGUCCAAGAGAAUCUUAGUUGGGCUUUAGGGUUUGGGAUUCCAUGUUUUUCAAUGAUGCUUGCUCUGUUCUUGUUUUUGCUUGGAACCAACACUUAUCGCUUUAGCACUGGAGGAGAAGCAAGAGAGCAUAAGACUAACCCGUUUGUUAGAAUUGGCCGUGUUUUCGUCGCCGCAGCUAAAAACCGGCGACAAACUUCGCAGGAAAGCUUCUUUCUUCUGCCUACCGAAAGUUCCAAGAAAUUCAGAUUCUUGGACAGAGCUAUGGUUUCGUGUAAUCCAGCUGAAGUUGAGGAAGCAAAAGCUGUGUUGAGUCUCGUUCCAAUUUGGAUGUGCUGUCUAGUGUUUGGCCUCGUGUAUGCGCAGUCUCCUACUUUCUUCACAAAGCAAGGAUCAACGAUGGACAGAUCAAUCUCAUCAACACUCUUAGUCCCAGCAGCAACACUCCAAUGUUUCAUAAACCUAUCAAUCCUCGUUUUCAUCCCAAUCUACGACCGUUUAUUCGUCCCCGUUGCAAGAUCAGUAACUCAUAGACCAGCUGGAAUCACAACGCUUCAAAGAAUCUCCACAGGCAUUUUCCUCUCAAUUCCUUCCUUGGCAAUCGCUGCUUUGGUCGAGAUGAAAAGACUCAAGACUGCUCGAGAUCAUGGUUUAGUUGAUUCGCCUAAGGCCACGGUUCCAAUGAGCGUUUGUUGGUUGAUUCCACAGUAUGUUCUCUAUGGAGUCUCUGACGUUUUCACUAUGGUUGGUUUACAAGAGUUCUUCUAUGGACAAGUCCCCGUUGAGCUUAGGAGCUUGGGACUAUCUAUGUACCUUAGCGUAGUGGGCAUAGGCAACUUCUUGAGUAGCUUCAUGGUAUCUGUCAUCGCGAAAGCCACGAGCCAGUCCGGUCAAGUGAGUUGGUUUGCUAAUAACCUGAACCAGGCACAUCUUGAUUACUUUUAUUUUCUGCUUGCUUGUCUUAGCUCCAUCGCCUUCGUUUCCUUUGUCUAUUUCGCCAAGUCGUAUGUCUACAAUAGCCCAAAGUAA